CAUACACACGCACAAACGCACACACUCACACACACACACUUCCUGUCUUGGACUUUAACCCAUAUUACUGAAAUAAGAGGCUGUGGCAUCUCUCCUUCUGCUUGCCAGUUCUGCCUCCCUUUCUGGACUAAUACAGGAUUAUUAACAGGAACAAGACAGGAAUGACAGGAGCACGGUGAAAGCCACCACCACAAAGACCCAGGACUUGUACUCCACAGGAAUGGAUGUGGGAAUGUUGGAGAUUCCGGCUGAGCUAUCGGCCAGACUACGCAGCGCAGCAGGGCGGCAGCAUGUAUCAGGGGUGACAGAGGUGGCGCCUCCACAGGUGAAAGCACAAAACACCCUAAUCCUGCCCCUCGAUAUUGACAGUUACCCCUUCUCACGAUACGCCAACGCCACACUGAAGGAUGGCUGGUGUCAGCCACAGGGCUACUCCCUCCAGCGACCUCUGACCUCUCUGGAGCCUGAAGACGCUCGAACCGCUCUGGAGAUCCAUAAACUGAUAUUGCGUUUUGCAGGGGACAGUGAUCUGAGUGGCUGGCAGGAGCAGAUGUUGGGGAACUACAUUGUGGAGCAGGGCCAGACCAGACCCCCCCUGAGGGAUGAGAUCCUAGCCCAGUUGGCCCACACCACCUGGGGCAGGGAGUCAGAGGAGGUGGCGCUGCGGGGCUGGUUGUUACUGGCCUACUGCCUUAGCACAUUCACCCCCUCCCCAGCCCUGGACAAACCCCUGCUCAAGUAUGUAUCUGAUAAUGGUCCAGGUGAAUAUCGUUCUCUGUGCCAGCACAAACUCCUCACCUCCCUCAAGUUACCCUCCCCUGCCUCCCGCCUCCACCCCCCAUCCCAGCUGGAGUGGACAACCAAUCAGAGGAGAGGAAAUAUGGUGAUGGACAUACACACCUUCAACGAGGAGAAGAUGACAGCUGAGGUAGAGUCCUGGACCACAGGGGAGCAGCUGGCCUCGUGGCUGCUCCACUUCAGAGGGUUACCCGAGGCUCCACGGGGCUGGUCCGUGUCUCUGCUAACUGAUGAGGGCUGGUCUGAUCUGGCUGGAUGUGACUUUGUCUUGGACCUGUUGGCUGGAGCAGAGACUGAUGCUACACUGGAGACCGCACACACAGAACCUGACUACCUGUUCAACAACGAGGGAGACGGGAUGAUCACAACAGAUCUAGAUGGCUUCAUCCCCCCGGCCCCCUCCAUUCCGGCCCCUUGUCUCCCACAGCAGGGCCGCAGAGACUACCAGCAGUCAGAGGGUUCUGGUCAGAUGGACUGCUACCUGGAUGACCUCUUUGACCCAAUGAUGGACCAGGAACCAGGGGACCAGGAGCGUAUGGCCAUGUUGAACAGGAGGAUGAGAGGAGGAGGAGGGAUGUAUAGACCAGGUGUUCCAAUGACAAUGCCAGGCUAUUCUAUGGGAAUGCCAGUGAACCCUGCCAUGCAAGACUACAGGGCUCCAAUGAUGCCAAGUAUGAUGCCAGCUGCCCCCAUGCCUAUGAUGCCAACCAUGAUGUCACCCCAGCCAGCUGCACCAGGCCUGGACCCCCAGCAGAUGGUAGCACAGCAGCAGGCUUUCAUCAACCAACAGGCCCUGUUCAUGGCUCAGCAGAUGACAAUGCAGGCGAUGACCAUGUCCCAGCAGCAGACUCAGGAGCAGCAGAGACAGCAGCUGCGGCGCCAGGCUAACCUUCGACCCGUCACACCCCCCCUCGCCCCCUCACCCCCGGCCCAGACACACCCCCCUGCCCUCUCACCCCCGGCCCAGACACAAACACUCCCCCGCGCCCCUCCGCCGCUAACUACACCCAGCCAGAGGAAACCACAGUUACAGCACUACAUACCUGAGCCUGAGAGAGAUGUGGACUUUGUCAGUCCAGACCAGCUGGACUCUUUCAAGGACAAGAGAGAGUUCUUCCAGAAGAUUGGUUCUCAGCCAAAGCCAGCAGCCAAACCGCCAAAGCCUCGCCCUGCUCCCAGUAGCCCCCCCAAACAGACCCGUCCCCCUCCCCUCCCCACCCCCAGAACCCAGGACUUGGCAACGUCCCGGAGGGAGCCCCCACAAACAGACCCUUCCCCGUCUCCCUCUCCCUCCCCACCUCCAGCACCCAGGACUUGGCAACGUCCCCCGUCUCCUCCUGCCAGAGAACCAGACCGCCCCAGCCCUCCUGCCUCCCCGCCCCCUCCCAGCACCAGAAUCCGUGACAUCAUUAAACAGUACCAAAACCGCCCUGUCAACGAUCCAAAACCCUUCAAACCAAUCAGGGUUCCAGCACAGUCGUUUGUGAAGAAGAAUGAUCCUAAAGAGGAGGCCCUUUCUAUCCUUAGAAAUAACGGACCUGUACAACAGCAGAAGAGACAGCCUCCCCCCGCACGGCAGCCCUCUCCUCCCUCCACCAGAGGGCCUCACUCCAUUUCCAACAACAUGAUGCAGAAACAGCGCUCCCUCGCCGACCUGUUUGGCACUCAGGGACGCGCCGAGAACCCUCCGCCUGCUCCCCCCGGGUUCGCCCCUCCUCCUCCCCCAGUCCAACACAUCUAUGAGAGCUUGCCAGACCCCCCCACCAAGGCUGCCCCCACACUCAAUCUGCUGUCUGGGGAGGAGAGUGUCCGCACCCAGCUCCACAGGUUCUCUGCCAGCGUCUACUUCUCCUACUCGGCUAUGCCUGGCAAACUGUUCCUACGCAAAGAGGUGUUUUACCCCAGAGAGAAGUUCAACCACCCCUACAUCCUCAAUCUCCUCUGUGAGCAGAUCAUGAGAGACACGUACUGUGACACCUGUGUGAGGAUCUCCAGAGAGGAGAGGAGGAAAAUGAAGGACCUACUGGCCAGUUUCCAUGUGGGUACAAGUGUCAGCUUGGUCCAGGACGACACCAUGAAGAAGAGGAUAGUGAUGGCUGCCAGAGACAACUGGGAAAACUACUUCACAAGACUGUUCCCUGUCAAAGGUGAUACCAGCGGGGACACCCAGAUAUUGGGUGUGUCUCAUCGUGGGCUUCGUCUGCUGAAGGUGGCCAGAGCAUCAGGCAUCAACCCCAAACACCUGAUACUGCUACGCAGCUACAGCUAUGCGGAGCUGCUGUCGGUGAAGCUGCGGUCUGCAGACAUGGUAGAAUUCAGUCUGAAAGAAGAACAGCUGCAGUUGCAGAGCAACAGAGCUGUUCAGAUCACUGCUAUGGUCAGGCUGUUCCACCAAGAACUCGUCGAGGGCUCGGAUCAUGUGAUCGCCCUGAAGAGCUUUGAGACGGUCGACAAGAGCCUGCUCAACUUCCGCAAGGGUGACAUCAUCAAACUCAUGCCCAUAGAUGGCCUCAAACCAGGUUGGUGUUUCGGUUCAAUUGGGGGGCGCUCGGGUCUCUUCCCCACGGACAUCACUCAGCCGUCUGCCCCUCCUGACUACCAGCAUGUCCACCUUGACCGCCGCAACGAGAGGAGGAAGAGCAUGAGAGCUCCAGCCCCCAGACCCACCUCCCACAACGGCUCAGCACAGCCCAGCCGAGAUGGCUCCAUCCUGGGGUCGGCUCGGUCGGUUCAGGGUAGUGAGAUGAAUGACGUACAGACGUUCCUGAUGACAGAGUUUGCCAUGAAAUACUUCAGAGAUGCUGCCAUGAGCAUGGAGGAUAGAGGUCUUCUUGAUGGAGGUAGAAACUUCUCGGAGAUGGUUCAGUACACAGAGGUUCCCGUUCAGGAAUCUCUCAUCCUGUACUCUGAUCCUGAUCUUAAUAACCUGGCUGUCCAGGCCUUCAUGAGUGUGAUGCAGUUCAUGGGAGACCAGCCUCUGGGGAAACACAAGUCUGAGGAAGACUGUGUCAGCCAUGUCUUGAUGCUGGGGAAGGAGAAGGAGUUCCUGAGAGAUGAGAUCUACUGCCAGGUCAUCAAACAGACCACUAACAACACACACAGGCAGAGCUGUACCCGAGGUUGGCGUUUAUUGAACCUGGUAACAGGGUUCUUCCCCUGUUCUGGCACUCUCAAUCCCUACGUCACACAACUCUUACAAAACAUCAGCCAAGACCCCUCACACCCAUACCAAGAGCUGUCUCAAUAUUGUAAGGAGAACCUGUUCCGGUCUCUGAUCCACGGAGGUCGCAGACACGUCCCCUCUCACGUAGAGAUGGAAGCCAUACUGGCUGGCAGAAGCUCUCGCCGGUUCCCCAUCAAGCUGCCAGGUGGAGUGGACUUCCCCUGUAAGAUACGCAGCUUUAGCGUGGCUCUGGAGGUGGUGGAAGAGCUGUGUACAGAGAUGGGCAUUCAGGACCUGUCAGAAGUCAACGAGUUCUCUAUCCAUGCCAACUGCGACCAGGAGGGGAUGGUGCGGCCAAUCCACCCUGAUGAGUACCUGUUUGACUUCCUUUUGGAUGACGGCUCCAUCUUCCUGUCCUUCCACCGCGUCAUGUGGACACACCCCCUUCACUUCGACAAUGACCUGUACCUGGAGUUCCACUUCCAACAGGUCCUGGGUGAUUACCUGGAUGACAAACUGCUGCUGCCAAGCGGUGGUGCCAAUGUUGUCCAGCAGAUGGCAGAGCUGGCUGUCCUGCAGCAUAUGGCACAGGGUCUUACUCAAGAGCCCUCUGUGCCUGAACUGAAGGAGUACCUCCCCCGACAGGAAGGGGGCAGCACCAACCUGGAGCAGAUCCACUCGAUCUCCCUCAGAGAGAGAACCACCAUGCUGUCCCUCAGCCCCCACGACGCCAAAGCACGCUUCCUCGAGUGCCUGAGCUCCCUACCUCUGUUCGGCUCAAAUAUCUUCCUGGCUCAGAAGGUCAGCCAUCGCAGCUGCCCCUCGCCCUGCCUGGUGGCUGUCAACCAAGACGAAGUGUUGUUCUGCCACCCCAAUACACAGGAGCGGGCGUUUGUGAUCCCGCUGGUGGAAGUGCAGUCACUGAACUUGGUCAAGCCCAAGCAAGACAAGAAGGUGCCAGGAGUGGAGAUCAAAUACGGCAACCCAGGACGCCCAAAAACCAUCACCGUCCACCUCAAACAGGCCAAGGAGUUGUGCCACAUCAUUGCUGUCAUUAUGGAGAAGUUGGUACAACCACCCAUCAAUAGUUCUGUCUCUAGCCGCAACUAGUAGACACACACACACACACACACACUCUCUCUCUGAGACGGAGCCUGCUGAUACCCUCAGCCUAGAUGUCUCAGGAUCAGCCUAUUGAUAAACGGGCCUGCGCUGAUGAUUAUCAAAACAGAUGUCUUCAUAUUUUUAUCUACAACAUUUAGUUAUAAAAAAUUGACAUAUUACAGCUAUGAGUACCAAUGAAUGUCCACAUUUUUAAAUUCCUUUGUACGUGUUUAUAUAACCAAUGUAUCAAUGUGAAGAUUUAUUUGCAAUAAAUGUUUGUGUAAUUUAAGUCCAGGCACCACACCCUCACGGUAAUUUUUUCCCCUUAAUCAAUAUAACAAUUCACUUUUACAAGUUGAAUGCAGACAAAAUUAUGUUUUUUUUUUUAUUACAAUUUUUCUGAAAUAUUUUGUUUAAAUAUGCAAAUGACUCAAUAUCUAUUUUUUUUUUACAUAUCAAUCAAAUCAAUUUUUCUGGACACUGGAUGAAAUCAGUCUAAAUAUUUUGGUUUCAUUUUGUUAAGACACUCCAGGACCGGACUUGUCCAGAGCAGAUUGUGGAUAAAUACUUGUUAUCUUUCUAUCUGUGAAAUACUAGACACGCACAUAAAAUGCAUUUUGUCGCAUUUUUCCAAUGAAAAUAAAAAAUGUACAACAUA